GCAUUGCCGGCGGCCAUGGCAGAUCCGUACGGCGACGGCGGCGGCGGCGGCAGGGCGAUGAAGCAGCCGCCGCAGCAGCGGCAGGCCCGGCUGAAGCCGGCGCUGGAGAUGGAGGACCUCAUCAGCCUCCUCCACGGCUCCGAUCCUGUCCGCGUCGAGCUCACCCGCCUCGAGAACGACCUCCACUAUAAGGAGAAAGAGCUUGGGGACGCGCAGGCGGAGAUCAGGGCCCUCCGCCUCUCCGAGCGCGCGCGCGAGAAGGCCGUCGAGGAUCUUACGGAAGAACUGGCGAAGGUGGACGGGAAGCUCAAGCUCACAGAGUCUCUCCUCGAAAGCAGAAACCUCGAAGCGAAGAAGAUCAACGAUGAGAAGAAAGCAGCAAUGGCUGCCCAGUUCGCGGCGGAGGCUACGCUGCGGAGGGUCCAUGCGGCACAGAAGGACGAUGACAUGCCUCCUAUCGAGGCCAUCCUCGCGCCGCUGGAGGCCGAGCUGAAGCUAGCUCGUCAAGAGAUUGCAAACUUGCAAGAUGACAACAGAGCAUUAGAUCGCCUUACAAAGUCCAAGGAAGCAGCUCUGCUGGAAGCGGAAAGGACGGUUCAGAUAGCAUUAGCAAAAGCUUCCUUGGUGGACGAUCUGCAAAACAAAAACCAAGAAUUGAUGAAACAGAUUGAGAUAUGCCAGGAAGAGAACAAGAUCUUGGACAGAAUGCAUCGCCAAAAAGUUGCAGAGGUUGAAAAGCUUACUCAGACUGUCAGAGAGCUAGAGGAAGCUGUUCUUGCUGGUGGUGCAGCCGCGAAUGCUGUGAGAGACUAUCAGCGGAAAGUUCUGGAGAUGAAUGAGGAAAUGAAAACUCUGGAACGUGAGUUAUCUCGUGCCAAGGUUUCAGCAAACAGGGUUGCAGUAGUGGUGGCAAAUGAGUGGAAAGAUGGCAAUGAUAAAGUUAUGCCUGUUAAACAAUGGCUUGAAGAACGGAGGAUUGUACAAGGAGAAAUGCAGCAGCUCCGGGAUAAACUUGCUAUAGCAGAAAGGGCUGCAAGAUCAGAAGCUCAACUGAAAGACAAGUUCCAGCUUCGGCUUAGAGUACUCGAGGAAGGACUGAGAAUGUCUACUACAUCUCGAACCAAUGCAAGCGCCGCCCGUCGCCAGUCUAUCGGCGCUGCCGAGAGUGUAUCCAAGACCAACGGCUUUCUAUCAAAGCGGCCAUCAUUCCAUAUGAGAUCACCAGCAUCUUCUACCACCACAACUACUCUAGUGAACCAUGCAAAAGGGGCAUCAAAGUCUUUUGACGGAGGAUGUAGAUCGCUCGACCGCUAUAAGGGCCAUGUAAAUGGGAUCGGCAUGAACGUAUCUACAGACUCCAGCGAGGACAAGGAGUCAAAUAACUCAGAUGAAAAGGAAGUUGUUGAACAGGAGGAUACAGUAUCGGGGAUGCUGUAUGAUAUGCUGCAAAAGGAGGUUGUUGCUCUAAGGAAGGCGUGCCAUGAAAAGGAUCAAAGCCUGAAAGACAAGGACGAUGCAGUUGAGAUGUUGGCUAAGAAAGUUGAUACCUUGACAAAGGCGAUGGAAUCAGAUGCCAAGAAGAUGAAGGAGGUGGCCGCCAUGGAGAAGGAGGUGGCUGCUAUGCGAUUAGAGAAAGAGCAGGACGCGAAGGCGAGAAGGUUUGGUAGCUCAAGUGUUUCUUCAAACAGUUCACAGCUGCCACCUGGAAGGACUCUGCCUAGGAGCGGUUCGGCACGCAAUAUGUGAUAUGGAAAGGGAAACUGUGAGCGGAUUCAAAGGACCUCAGAGCAUCUCUUGUUUAGUUUAAUCAUGGGAUCCUCUUGCUGGUUGCUUCUUGGAGAAAAGAAGAUGGCAUUGCAUAUUGCUACCAGGCAGAAGCGGCAAUCCUUUGCCCAGAUAGAAAAUCAAUCGAUCAACCAGUGACUGGAGUGAAGCUAGUGUGAUUGAUGAGUUUUUUUUUCAUAUUUGUUAUUGCGGAACUGGGACCCUUCGCUGCUGUUGGUGCAUAGGUUUGGUGUGUGCUUGCAUUUUUUUUUCCAUUUGUAAUCUACUCGAGAGUAAUGUAUGGCUGGUGUUUUGUGGUAGCCAAGUUGUGAAUAACAUAACAUGAUGAUGAUAGUGCAAUCAAACGGGCGUCUCUUGUGUUGA